AUGAUCCAUAAUUCAAUUAUUCAAUUCUUGACAGCGAUGUCCAAGUACCAAGACCAUUAUUUUAAAGGAAAUAAGCUUUCCGCUGAGGCAUACCUUUCCAGGCAUAUCCCUACUCAUCGCUACAUUCUCAUCCUAGACAUAGAUGAGGUGAUUGUACCCCUUAAGCACAACAACUAUGCUGAUCUUCUUGCUACUAUUGAAGCAAGCACAAAAAUUGACAAGAUCAGCUCGCUUUCCUUCUCAAAUGUUUUCAAAUUUCCCGCCGAAGAAGUGGAUACAACCAGGCCAGCGCAUAUGUUUAUGCUUCGUAACGUAAUGCGUUCGAGAAAAACUAGUGAUCAUCGAAAUUACGGGAAGAGCAUGACAAACACAAAUACGGUAGCUACCGUAUUUAAUCACUUUGCACUGCAUCGUCUUAACGGAAAAGUUGCCGGUACAAUGUAUGUGCCAGAGAAGUUGGGAAUCAAGCUGCACUAUAAAUCUACCUGCCCAGUAGAGGCACAUAGAGAGUGUCCGGAAUUACAAAAGGAUACGGUAAGAGAUCACAGUUUGGAUAGAUUUGCGGAUGAACUGGAACGACGAGUGAAUCGAACAUUGGCAGAAUUGGAACUAUUGUAA